AUGUAUGCUACUGAUGCAAUGGCUACAGCCGCAGCCACCGCCGCCGAUGCGUCGCAAUCAUCAUCAGCAGCAGCAUCAGGUAUGACGACACGCGACUUCUUUGCAGGCGCAAGAUUCGGUUGGAUCAUCCUGUUUGGUAUCGUAGGCAUAUUGCUACGAUAUCUGUUGAAUGUACUGUUCAUAAGAGGAUUCAAGACAGAUGCCUAUUGGAGUACAUUGAUCAUCAAUGUCGUGGGCAGCGCAGUGAUCGGUGUGUUGCAGGUAGUAGGAGUGGAACAGAAGAACAUCGACAUGGACCUGCGCUAUGGACUGAUGGUUGGAUUACUAGGUGGAUUCACAACGUUCAGUGGAUACUGUCUCGACUCUGUACUAUUGUUUGACAAACAUGUUACAAAGGAUACGAUUAUAGGAGUGUUCUACUUCAUCAUGUCACCUGGCAUUGGAUUAGCCGUGACCUAUGGCGCAGUCCUAUUGACAAGGAGGCACUACCAGCCUGCAACCGACCAACAAGGUAUUGAGCUGCACACCAACUAG